UUUUGAAUUUGAACUUCCUCUUUAUGUCGCCAGAUUUAAAUAACGACACGGCCUCGCCAAAUGCCCAAUGUAUCAUUUUAUUUGGAAAGUCCGCACGCCGUUUGUUAGAGAAAUCAAGUUUGCAUUAGACUGCGUUUACUUUUUUGCAUUUGAAAUGACACUUGAUUGUGUGCAUUUAAGCCACGUUUGGGAGGGCUGAGGGUAGAUGUACUUGGCUGCAGCAGCUAAAACAGAAUCGUCUCUGUGUGUCCGACGGUUCGUUUGCAUUUAAAUGUGUCAUUCAGGGUCGCGUUCGUGUGAAACAAAGAGAAAUGUGCAGGCCCCCAGUUUGAAAACUUAACUUGUCAGCUGGUUUAAAUGUUCAGUCAGGAAAUGAGAGACUCAAGGCGGAAGAUAAUAAACCCUGUGCACUUGUCUAGUGCGCCGGCGCGCGUGUGUAAACCGGAGCGAGAGCCACACUGCCAGCAGAGAGGGGUUCCCCUUUCCAACAGUGCGCACGGAGCACAGAGGCUCACAGAGGCCGUUUAAUGUGUGAAAGCUCGGACAACAGACAACAAGGAAGUCCCUCAGAGGAUCGACCAAACGCUUCAACUGGAACUGCGCUUCUGACAGUGAAAUGACCAGAUUUUGAGGUUAAAGCGAAUCGGCUUUUGCGCCUCUCGUCGUGCGCCCUCACGACGGAUUUCGAGCUCCAAUGCCCAAAGAGUGCAGGAGGAAGACCUCCAAAGAUUCCGGGAUUUCUGGAAUAAACGAGGGGUCGCGUUUAGAGCGGAGAGCCGCCGGCAAGUCCUCCCAGAUAAGCGAUGAUCUCAUUCAGAAAGCCGCCCAAAUCGCGCCGUCGUCCGCAACCGGAGCGCCCGCUGUGAUGGAUGCGCGCCGGGUACCUCAGGUCACCAUCACCCCGGAGGGAGGCGGCUGCUCCCGGGAGAUGCAGCAGGAGGACUGGGAGGAUGUGGUGGACGGUACCUUGCGCAGGAAACUGUCCAACUCUUCUAUAUCCUCCACAGGUUCCUCUGCUAUGGAGUCCGAGGAUGAUUUACUGAGCGACAACGAGAGCAAGAGCAAGGGCAUCAUCACUCUGGAGCAUCUGGUGGACACCGGAGAGAGCAAACCGUGGUGGAAGUUGAGGACGAUCGUACACUGGCCCUUCACUGCAGCUCAGAGGAGAAAACUGAACUGGGUUCAGCUAGCUGGGCAUAAGGGUAACUUCAAAGCAGCAGAUGAGGGCAACAUCCUGAAGAAGUUCUCAGAAAAUGAGAUGCAGUGCUUCGAGAAGCUGAGGGAUGACGCACUGUUCCCGUUUGUUCCUGGUUACCAUGGCGUUGUGGAGAAAGAUGGAGAGUCUUUCCUUCAUAUGACUGACCUGCUGGCCAACUUUGAACUUCCCAAUGUCAUGGACUGCAAGAUGGGAGUGAGGACGUACUUGGAGGAGGAGCUUGUCCGGGCGCGGGAGCGUCCCAAGCCGAGGGAGGACCUGUACAAGAAGAUGGUGGAGGUGGACAGCGACGGGCCGACUCCUGAGGAGCAUUCCCAACGAGGCGUCACCAAGCCCCGCUACAUGCAGUGGAGGGAGACCAUGAGCUCCACCAACACCCUGGGCUUCAGGAUAGAAGGGAUCAAGAAAUGUGACGGUACAUGUCGAACUGACUUCAAGAAAACCCGAUCGAAGCAGGAUGUCAUCCAGGUGUUCACGGACUUUGUUGAAGGGAACGUCAGCAUCAUAAAGUCCUAUCUGAGCAGACUGACGGAGAUCCAGCAGGCCCUGAAGAUGUCAGCGUUCUUCAAGCAACACGAGGUCAUUGGCAGCUCUCUCCUCUUUAUCCAUGACCACACGGGCAAUGCCCAGGUGUGGAUGAUUGACUUUGGAAAGACAACAGUGUUACCGGACGGCCAGACGUUGAACCAUGGCAUCCCCUGGCAGGAGGGCAACCGUGAGGAUGGCUACCUGUGGGGGCUGGACAACCUCAUCCACACACUGGAGUCUGUAGGGGCGAGCGAUGAAACCUUCUGCUCGGCCACCAAAGAAAACAGCCAAACUACAGAACGAGAGGGUCAGUGACCUUUGAGUUGUAGACGGGUGAGAGGAACUCAAAGUGUUUAAACGGACACCGCGGAGAGACUUUUAAGGGAUGUUUCAUAUCUGUUGAUGCUGCAAGAAUGAACAUUAAGCGUUAAAAAAAUAAAAAAAAAAGCCACUGACAAAAAAGAGCUGAAGGACUGUGAGCAGAGAGGCGCUGAGAAAGUUGUCGCUAGUUACUGAGUGAGUGAGCAAAUGAACUGACACUAAUUCAACUUCCUACAAAGUGAACCGAAGUAAACGUGUAAGGAGUCUUUAUUUCAGUUUCAGGGAUGAGAUUUUACAAGUGGAGGAAAUGCUCAUUUUUUUUUAAUAAGGGAGAAAGUGGGGGAAUCAGAUCUCAGUCCUUCUUGUUACCACCGAACCCUCAGCCCUGACAUUACAUCUGUAGUAAUGUUAAAGGAGAAAUUCUGUGCAGUGUCAAACUGACUGAGUCACAGGCCUCAUAGCCACACGACUACAACACAUAACACACUGUCAGUAUACUGUAGUACUGCAAAAUGUAUAAUGAUUAGAGUGUAUUAUCCGUCACUGUUCUGAAAGCCUGUCUUUUAUUGUAUAUCAAUUUAUAUUUCUUUCACCUUCUUUUAUUCCUGUAAUCAAACUUAAAGAUUAUUUUUUGGAGGGCAUUUCUUCUUUGUUUUGGUAGUGACAGCUGGGACAGUUCACCCAAAUAUCAAAAAUACAAACGUUACCUGAAGUGCUAUUUAUCCAUGUUGACACGAGUUAAAGGGUUUUGGAGAUCUCAGCUGCAGAAAUGUUGGCUUUCUCUCAAAUGUGAUGGAACUAGAUGUCACUACCCACCAUCAGGAUCACCAUGCAGAGGGAAGCAUGCUACCAUGUACUCGUCACCGGGCAGGAUGUAAACAUUAAUGGCGUCCAUCUUAGCCUAGCCACUUCUGUCUGCGUGGUGAUAUGCAAAAAAUAAAAAAAAGUUGGCAACUUACACCAAA